GCCUUUGGCAGCUCGUGAUGGCGGCCCUGCAAUUCGGGGCGGCGGCGGGUCCUGGUGCGGUCGAGGAGCCAGCGUCGGGGGCUCUGCCCGGCGGGAGCCUCGGGGCGGCGGCAGCAGCAGCAGCAGCGGCGGGAGAUUCCUUCCCGAAGGACUUUGGCUACGGCGCAGAGGACGACGACGAGGAGGAGGAUGACGAAGAGGACAUUGAUGGCGGGGCCGAGCUGGGCGGCGGCAGCGGCGGAGGCAUCAUCGGGGGGCCUGGCGGGAGCGGCGGCGUAGGAGGCGGCGGGGGCAGCAACUGCGGGCUCGGCUCGGGCGGCGGAGCGGGCGGCGACUCCUCCAAGCAGCCUCGGAUCUUGCUUAUGGGGCUGCGCCGCAGCGGGAAAUCGUCAAUCCAGAAGGUGGUGUUCCACAAAAUGUCUCCUAAUGAAACCUUAUUCUUGGAGAGUACCAACAAAAUCUAUAAAGAUGAUAUUUCAAAUAGCUCCUUUGUGAACUUCCAAAUAUGGGAUUUUCCUGGACAAAUGGAUUUUUUUGAUCCAACGUUUGAUUAUGAGAUGAUCUUCAGGGGAACUGGAGCCCUCAUCUAUGUUAUUGAUGCACAGGAUGACUACAUGGAAGCAUUAACCAGGUUGCACAUUACAGUCUCAAAAGCUUACAAAAUUAAUCCAGAAAUGAACUUUGAGGUUUUUAUUCAUAAAGUUGAUGGUUUGUCAGAUGAUCAUAAAAUAGAAACUCAAAGAGAUAUUCAUCAGAGAGCCAAUGAUGAUCUUGGCGAUGCUGGGCUAGAAAAACUUCACCUUAGUUUUUAUUUGACCAGCAUCUAUGAUCAUUCUAUAUUUGAAGCCUUCAGUAAGGUGGUACAGAAGCUCAUUCCACAGUUGCCAACUUUGGAAAACCUGCUAAAUAUCUUUAUAUCGAAUUCUGGUAUUGAAAAAGCUUUUCUCUUCGAUGUCGUCAGCAAGAUAUAUAUUGCAACGGAUAGUUCGCCUGUAGAUAUGCAGUCAUACGAGCUCUGUUGCGACAUGAUAGAUGUAGUCAUUGACGUUUCUUGUAUAUAUGGGCUCAAGGAGGAUGGGAGCGGCAGUGCCUACGACAAGGAGUCCAUGGCCAUCAUCAAGCUCAACAACACAACUGUGCUGUAUUUAAAAGAAGUGACCAAGUUUCUGGCCUUGGUGUGCAUCCUUAGAGAAGAAAGCUUUGAACGCAAAGGUUUAAUAGACUACAAUUUCCACUGCUUCCGCAAGGCCAUCCACGAGGUCUUUGAAGUGGGCAUUUCCUCCCACCGAUCCUGCAACCAUCAAGCAAACAUCCCUGGUCUAAAAGCAGUGACUCAUAACGGCACUCCUAGAAAUGUCGUCUAGCGGAGGGGACCCAAGGCGGGUGGCCAAGUGUUCCCUGCUCCGUGUCUGUGUGUUGGGGAUGGACAGCACAGAGAACUGGCUCCAUACAUUCCUGUGUGUGCAUUCUGGAAGAGACGGGACUUUGCCUUGUGGAGCUGCAAUCGUGGCAGGCGUGGCACAACUGAAAUGGCCUGGAAGUGGGCCUGCUUCCUCCCCCGCUUCGACACCUCCCUUGAUACAAAACAAGGCGUGGAUGAUUCCGGAACUGAGUUGAUUUGACACUCUGCAUUCCUUGUGGUUUUUUUUAACAUGCGUAGUGUUAGUGCAUUUGCGUUUCAAAGAAAUUGGCGUUCAUAAACUCAAACAUGACAGCUUGUUGUUUAGUUUAGCGCAAUUUCAAACAUUCCAUCCUUUGAGUUUUAUAAUAUCAUAUUGCGGUUAACCCCUUAAAAAAAUUCCAUCUUCUGUGAAAUGAAUGUGAUGCCAAGUGGUGCCAUUUCCCUCUGCAGACCCACUGAGUGCAAAGCUCUCUUUUUAUUGGAGAACAGGAUAAAAGGCAAGAAUCGGCAACCUUAACUUCGUCGCUCGAAAGUGGUUUAGAAUAUGCUCGUCUUGCAUUCUCAAGCUUGUUGGCAGGCCACUUAACAAUUUGCUGCAGCAGUUCCUGUACUUGUCCUUGAAGAUGCUUUUUGUAGUAAACGAUUCAAAUUCUGCCCAGUUGUGGCUAAUGUGUUUGGAUUUAAGUGCGUUUUCCCAUUUUUUGAAGCUAUGCUUCAAUUGCAUAACAGGUUAGUUUUUGUAAAAUAUGGUGUGCAACUGAACUCUGGUUGCUAGAAUUCUCUGUAGCUGCUCACCAGGCAAGGAAGUGCCUUUACCUCAAGGUCAGGAAGAUACAAAGGCCUCCCUGAACUCCAUAUUCUGCACAUAUUCCAUUGGAUGGAAGCUCCCUUCCAACUCGUGUGUGGACUUCCCUUUGUGGCCUCGUGCACAUCAGACAACGCUUGUGUAUUCCCAAGCCAUGGAACCUUUUCUCUCCUCAGAUGUCAAUGUGGACGCGCCAACGUUUUAACAGGGUGGCUGGUGUUGCCGGCAGCCGACUGUGUCCUUGCACUGUUCGGGAGGCGGGUGGCUCUUGUGGGAUUCACGUCUCAGUAGUCCGCAUUAAUAAAAUGCAUUUUAUCUUGA